UGCCUGCCGGGCCGCACAGCUUCCCAGCCCCUCCAUCUGUGCUCAGCCCCGGGGAGGACAGAAGGGGGCUCGGAGCCCGGCCCCAUGAGGACGCUACUGACCAUCCUGGCGGUGGGAUCCCUGGCCGCUCACAUUGCUGAGGACACCUCGGAUCUUCUUCAGUACGUAAAAUUCCAGUCCAGCAACUUCGAAAACAUCCUGACGUGGGACAGUGGCCUGGAGAGCGCCCCAGACGUGGUCUACAGUGUUGAGUAUAAAACGUACGGAAAGAAAGAGUGGCUGGCAAAGGAGGGCUGCCAGAGGAUCACCCGGAAAUCCUGCAACCUGACCACGGAGACGGGCAACCACACGGAGCACUACUACGCCCGGGUAACUGCCGUCAGCGCGGGAGGCCGCUCAGCCACCAAGAUGACCGACCGGUUCAGCUCGAUGCAACAAACUACCAUCAAACCACCCGAUGUGACCUGUAUUCCCAAGGUGAGAUCCAUCCAGAUGAUUGUCCAUCCCACCUCCACACCUAUCCACGCAGAGGAUGGCCACCGGCUAACCCUGGAGGACAUCUUCCAGGACCUAUUCUACCGCUUAGAGCUCCAGGUCAACCACACCUACCAAAUGCACCUUGGAGGGAAGCAGAGAGACUACGAGUUCAUUGGCCUGAGCCCUGACACAGAGUUCCUUGGGACCAUCACCAUUUCUGUUCCACACUUUUUCAAAGAGAGCGCUCCCUACGUGUGCCGAGUGAAGACACUGCCAGAUCGGACAUGGACAUACUCCUUCUCUGGCGCCUUCCUGUUCUCCAUGGGCUUCCUCGUCGCGGGGCUCUGCUACUUAAGCUACAGAUAUGUCACCAAGUUGCCUCGGCCUCCCAACUCCCUGAACGUCCAGCGAGUACUGACCUUCCAGCCUCUGCGGUUCAUUCAGGAGCACGUACUGAUCCCUGUCUUGGACCUGAGCAGCUCCGGCAGUCUGGCCCAGCCUGUCCAGUAUUCCCAAGUCAAGGUCUCCAGGCCCAGGGAGCGCCCAGGAGCCUCCCCACUGCACAGCCUGUCUGAGAUGGCCUAUCUCGGGCAGCCAGACAUCUCCAUCCUCCGGCCCUCCGGAGUGCUGCCUCGCCAGACGCUCUCCCCACCGUCCUAUGCACCCCAGGCUGCCUCUGAGGUCAGGCCCCCCUCCUAUGCACCUCAAGUAACCCACGAAACUAAGCUUCCAUUCUACACUGAGCAAGCCAUGUCUGAGGUCCAGCCUGCUUCCUACACCCCUCAGACCACUCCAGACGGCUGGCCUUCUUCCUAUGGGACGUGCGUGGAAGGCUUUGGCAAAGACUCCCCACCUGUGACUCUCUCUAGGUCCAAACACCUCAGGACUAAAGGUCAGCUCCAGAAAGAGGCACAAGCUGGGAACUAUAUCCCAGAUGGCCUUUCUCUGCAAGGGGUGACCUCCUUGGAUAGGGAGGCCCCCCAAGAAGCAAAUUUCUUCCACCAGCAUCUGGGAGUUCACACGGACAGAGUACCUGACCCCAGUGUGCGACACAAAGGGACACCAUCAUACCUAAAGGGCCAGCUUCCCCUCCUCUCCUCUGUCCAGCUCGAGGGCUGCCCGAUAUCCCUCCCUUUACACAGUCCUUCCCUCCCAUGUUCCCCCACAGACCAGGAACCAAGUCCCUGGGGCCUGCUGGAGUCCCUUGUGUGUCCCAAGGAUGAGGGUCUCAUGUCUGAGAUGGAGGCCCAGAGCCCAGCCUCUCAGACCUCAGACCUGGAGCAGCCCACAGAACUGGACUCUCUCUUCAGAGGCCUGGCCCUGACAGUGCAGUGGGAGGCCUGAGCAGAGGACAGGGCAGGCUUGACGUUUCCUCCCUGUCCCCACCCAACCUCACGUGGUUGGCCAUUGCUCCCACACCCAGCCUUGCCACACACUCUGCAGCCCAGCCUCAGGGGGCUGCCCUUGAAAGAACCGAAGGAAAGAGGGACAUAGGGCCUCUGCCAUGGCUGAGCUGUGGUUGGAGCAAAAAAGUUGGGCAUGAUGAGGACUCCAGCCAGAGGAGCCCCGGGUACGCAUCUUGCACAAAUGAGCACGUGCAAGCAGAGCUCUGCAGGGCAGGAGGGGACGGGCAGAGCGUGGGGAGCCGAGGCAGGGAGACCUCAUGGAGAUCCGGGCCCCAGCUCCGAAGAUGCUGAAUGCAAAAUUCCCUACCCCACUCCUGGCCAGUUUCAUAAUCUAGUUCGACAGAGGGUGACGUCCUCUCUGGUCCCCUAUCCUGAGAAACGGAGCCUGGAAAGGAUGCCUCACAGCAGGCUGGGCAGCACCAGGACAAGCUGCACUUCUGGCCAAAGCCAGAGGGAGCCCGAUGGUGAGACUCCAGGGAGGAGUGCGGCCUGGGGCUCAUUCCCAACCAAGCUGCUUGCCGGAAAUCACACCAUGUUGACCUGGUCCCUCUUCUAGAGUCUUUACGCCAGGUGAAAUGCAGGUCCACCAGUGAGGGAGCACACACAAGCGUCUUCUGCCGGCAGAAGUUGCAGACCCUCUCCUGAGAGCAGGGUUCGUAAGGAACGUGGGGCCACGUGGCUCCCGAUGCCGACACAAUGGCAAAGUGCACGCACUUCACAGCUUAGAAGACUGAGCCGUGGGUUCAGCUCAUCUGGGUUCAAAUUCCUGCCUUACCACUUACCAGCAAAUGAAUCACUGCUCAAAAUCUCAGUUUCUUCAUCUGUAAAAUGGGGAUAGUGACGCCUACUUCAAGGGGAUGUGGUGAGGAUGACAUUCAUAAUGUCUAUAAAGUACUUAACAGUGCCUGGCACGUGCUCAGUGUCGGAUCAACGGUAGCCGUGUCCUGUUGUGGUUUUUUUUUUUUUUUGCAAAUCAGCCUGCACAGUGAGGGACCUGCUCCCUCAGUUCAGGUGGCUUCACACUGGGCAUUUUCUCAUGAGCUCGAAUCACCCCAAUUUUCUCAGGACAGCUCUAGGCCAGGCCAGAGGGGCUGGGGGGAGGUGGAGGGAUUGAGGGGCCUUCUGGGCCUUCUGGAAACAGGGCCCAAAGACAAAUGGGAUCUUCUCCCUGAGGUUGUAGGGGGAAGUUGUUUGGGAGUGGCGGUGGCAUGCCCAGAUCUCCUCCGCACACCCCAGCAGAGGCAGCGUGGUGCCAGCUUACCCUGCUGCCCCUGUGGCUGCUCCUCUGGGAGGAAAUGGCUCCUUGCUCCUGCUUGCAAGGUGCUGCCACCGAGCCGUGACACAGCUGGAGCUCAAACCUUCCACUCGUCACCCGAAGGAGCUUUCCACACUGGCUUGGAUUCUCAGAGAUGAGACUAAGGUGGCAUAAGGGGGGGAGGGACUCCAGUGGGGGUCCUUCAGGGGCCAAGACCUGUCAUCACCCUUUUGUCCAGAAGUCUGUUCUGAACAUUACUGAGAAACAGGAUCAAAGUCUGUUGCCUCAGCACGACCUUCCCGAGUAUACAAGGCUCUCCCUUCUCUGUACCCAGAUGUGUCUCCCCUCCUCUUCCUCAGGGCACCCACCCCACAACACAGCACCAGGUGUUGGUGUUCUUAUUUAUUUUUAAAGGGUUUAUUUAUUUAUUCGUGAGAGACACAGAGAGAGAGACAGAGACACAGGCAGAGGGAGAAGCAGGCUCCAUGCAGGGAGCCUGACAUGGGCCUCGAUCCUCGGUCUCCAGGAUCAGGCCCUGGGCUGAAGGCUGCGCUAAACAGGCCGUACCACCUGGGCUGCCCAGGUGUUGGUAUUCUUCUCUGUUUGUCAUUAAUAUUUAACAGCUCUUCAGGGUCAUUGGUCUAGACCCGAAUCUCCAUAACAGAGGGGUGGGCCACCCUCCUGACCACCGCAGUCCUUCCCACCCCCCACCCCUUUUCUCUGCAGCAGCCACUAAGGUGGCCUCAAUGAUUAUCCCCUCCCCCCACACUGCAAACAAGUCUCCUUCCUGUCACUUGGGGUGAACUUGGCCAAAGGUUGACUAUCUUGACUAUCUUCACCUUGUUUGGUAAUGAGAAACAACUUAACAGCCGGACUGUUCUCACCAGGUAAGUGGGACAGGGAGUCACAGAGAUAUUUUUUCAAGGCCAUAAAAGGGCUGUGAGGCUCUCUAAGCUCCUCGGGACGAUAGAUAGAUGUCCCAACUACUCGGUGACUCUCUGAGGGUGGAGUCUGAGUGCCUGAGGAGAGAGAUGAAUGGCUCUGAGCCGUAGGACCCUCCGCAGGCUGCCCUGGCCCCACCGAAGGGCAGGUCCCAGGUCUCUGGUCUCCCAAGCAGGCAGCCCAGGCCUGCAGACAGGGCUUGGAAGCAGCUAGAAGGCAAAGGGUCUGAGGCUCUGUGGAGCUGGGCUGAGACAUUAGCAUCCCUGAGAGUCCUAGGCCCUGACCCCAUUACCAGGAAUCUGCACAGCCUGGCCCCACCUAGCCCAGACAAGAGAGUCUUUGCAGCAGAGCCCAGCCCAGGAAUAAACAAACAGGUGUGGUAGCAGGUAGCAGUAAUAAUAGCAAUAAGAAGGAGGAACCCAGCCAUGUCACUUGGCUGUUUACUUACUUGACCACUCAUCGUCCUGGGAAACUGCCAUGAAAGGUUGUAUUAUUGAUAUUUUGCAAGGGAGAAAGAUAGCUCAGAGGGGUUACUUGCCCAAGUUGGUUUCCCAAACCUGCCUCAUCAUGAGAUGUAAAAACGCAGCUUCCCCAGCCCCACCCAGACCUGCUAAAUCCUCAGCUCCUGGGGAAUCUGUAUUUCUGAUAAACCCCUUUGAUGAUUCCUCUCUGGCAAGUGGAGGGAACGAGGCCCUCCUACCCACAGUUUCCCUGUGCAUAGCUUCAAAUCACCUCCCAGGAGUCACCCUCAUUACAGCCCCUGGCUAGGGGUGGGGGGCAAGAUUACUUGGGCAGCAUUCAACCUGCAAAGUCCGCAGACCCCUGGCCUCCCAAGCCCCCGGCCCCAGGAACAUGCAGGAGUUGCCUGAGUUCCUGCCCAAGGAAUAGGGCCCCUAGGACUGGUGCUCCUCCAGUGUCCCAGAGGUUGGGAUCCCUCUGCACCCCUCCAGGUCUGAGCAUCAGCCUGAACAAGGAGGCUAUGACCACGUGUCACCACCAAGGCCUGUCCCCUGUUGCUGUCUCCACCCUACGUCCCAUAAAGUGGGCCAGAAACAGUGGAGGCAGGAAUGGCUCACAGCCCUGAGACCCUGGCCCCCAUGCUCUGCCCCAGGGCUGCUCCAGCCCAUGUUCCUUGCCUACGCUAAGGAGGAAGUGCCAUUAAAGAAGAUACCUUUUGACCUGUCAGUAUGAGAACAGUAAGAGGAAUUAACUGAGUUGGGGAGACGACAGCGGGAAGGAAGGGAGACAAGCAGGAGGAAAGGAGGUGGUGGGCCGGACAGCGCUCCCCUUGGCUACCAGGUGAAGCCAUCUGCCAAAAACAGCUCGGUGGCUGUCUGAAAAGUGGUGUGGAAGUUUAGGAUGUUGGGCAUGUGAAUUUAAACAAGCAUCCUUAGGGGAUCCCUGGAUGGCUCAGUGGUUUAGUGCCUGCCUCGGCCCGGGGCGUGAUCCUGGAGGCCCGGGAUCAAGUCCCACAUCAGGCUCCCUGGAUGGAGCCUGCUUCUCUCUCUGCCUGUGUCUCUGCCUCUCUCUCUCCGUGCCUCUCAUGAGUAAAUAAAUAAAAUCUUUAAAAAAAAUAAAAUAAAAUAAACAACCAUCCUUAAUGUUCAUACAUCCAGGGAAAGCAGUAAAAAGGAGAAGAAAAAAAGGGAAGGGAAGAAAAGAGGAAAUAUUGAAGGGUACUCGCCACAAUGAGCCAGGUGCUAGACCAGGGGAUUUAUGCAUUUUAACCUCAUUUGAAUCUUGCAACCAUUCUGCAAGAUAGCAUUCGUUCAUUCGCUCAGUCACUUAUUCUUUUGUCUUUUAAAAGAUUUUAUGUAUUCAUUCAUGAGAGACACAGAGAGAGAGAGAGAGAGAGAGAGAGAGGCAGAGACACAGGCAGGGGGAGAAGCAGGCUCCAUGCAGGCAGGGAGCUCAAUCCCAGGAGUCCAGGGUCAUGCCCUGAGGCUGAUGCUCAACCGCUGAGCCACCCAGGUGCCCCUCAUUUAUUCUUCAACAAGCAUAUAUCAAAGGGCUAGCUGUAUGCCCGGCACUGUUCUCGGGACUAGGAUACAGUGAACAAGGCAGGCAGGCUUCCCAUUGUGUUAGAACUUACCUCCCAACUUACCAGUAAAGGAACUAAGCCCAGAGAGGAGGGUCCCUCCAUUAGUGAGCACAGGUGCCCGAGGUUGGGAUUUAUUUUUUUUAAUAUUUUUUAAAGAGUUUUUUAAUUUAAUUAUUCAUAGAGACACAGAGAGAGAGAGAGGCAGAGACACAGGCAGAGGGAGAAGCAGGCUCCACGCAGGGAGCCCGACAUGGGACUCGAUCUGGAUCUCCAGGAUCACACCCUGGCUGAAGGCGGCGCUAAACCGCUGGGCCACCAGGGCUGCCCGCCGAGGUUGGGAUUUAAACUAAGGUUUGGGGCACCUGGGGUGGCUCAGCGGUUGAGCAUCUGUCUUUGGCUCAGGGCAUGAUCCCGGGGUCCCACGAUCAAGUCUCGCAUCAGGCUCCCCGCAGGCAGCCUGCUUCUCCCGCUGCCUGUGCCUCUGCCUCUCUGUGUGUGUCUCUCAUGAAUAAAUUAAUAAAAUCUUUAAAAAAUAAAUAAGUAAAUAAACCAAGGUUUGGGGGCACGUUGGUGGCUCAUUCUGUUAAGUGUCUGCCUUCAGCUCAGAUCAUGAUCCCAGGGUCCUGGGACCGAGUUCCGCAUGGGGCUCUCAGUUCUGUGAGGAGCCUGUGUCUCCCUCUCCCUCUGCCUGUCACUCCCCCUGUUUGUACUCUCUCUCCAUCAA